GUAAUUACGGCGUGACAAAUUCCACCAGAAUGUCGAACGCAGAAGAAACUAAAGUAGAAAUGUUUGAAUCCAUUGCAAGAUUAGUAUGAUUAAUUAACGAAAGGUUGGUGGCGAGAAUAACUUGCAUCUAACGUGGGACCUCUAAAGCUGUAAAAUCACCAUUUUUAAUUUUUUCUUGGAUCACUUAAGCUCAAUGGUGGUUGGUGAUUUCGGUGUUAGGUGAAGAACCUCUGUUUCUUCCUCUUCAGGAUCGGUGUUAGGUGAAGAAGCUCUGUUUCUUCGUCUUCUUCUUCAGGUUUCUUCAUUUUGUGCUUGAAGCAAGAAAAUUUGGGAUAACGAUGUCGUCUUCUUCUUCUUCUUCCUUCGAACAACCUCAAGUCAUAACCUGCAAAGCGGCGGUGGCAUGGCGUGCUGGUGAGCCAUUGGUUAUGGAGGAAGUUGAAGUGAGUCCACCUCAACCUCUUGAGAUCAGAAUUAAAGUUGUAUGUACAUCUCUCUGUCGUAGUGAUCUUUCUGCUUGGGAAGCUCAGUCUCUUUUGCCUCGAAUAUUUGGCCAUGAAGCUGCAGGUAUAGUAGAGAGCAUUGGAGAAGGUGUAACCGAGUUUGAGAAAGGAGAUCAUGUGCUCGCUGUAUUCACUGGAGAAUGUGGGUCAUGUCGGCAUUGCAUCUCUGGGAAAAGUAAUAUGUGUCAGGUUCUUGGAAUGGAGAGGAAAGGUUUGAUGCAUAGUGAUCAGAAGACACGCUUCACCAUCAAAGGCAAACCUGUUUACCAUUACUGCGCGGUUUCAAGUUUCAGCGAAUACACUGUGGUUCACUCUGGCUGUGCUGUCAAAGUCGAUCCUGUUGCACCUCUGCACAAAAUUUGUCUGCUAAGCUGUGGAGUAGCUGCAGGUCUUGGUGCAGCGUGGAAUGUUGCUGAUGUACAAAAAGGUUCAAGUGUUGUGAUAUUUGGUCUUGGAACUGUCGGUCUUUCGGUUGCUCAAGGUGCCAAACUCAGAGGAGCAGCUCAAAUAAUUGGGGUUGAUAUAAAUCCAGCUAAGGCUGAACAAGCAAAGACAUUUGGCGUCACGGAUUUCAUCAAUUCAAAUGACCUCUCUGAACCUAUACCCCAGGUGAUCAAAAGAAUGACUGGAGGAGGUGCGGAUUUCUCAUUUGAAUGUGUUGGUGACACAGGAAUAGCUACAACUGCUUUACAAUCGUGCUCGGAUGGAUGGGGAAUGACGGUUACUCUAGGUGUACCGAAAGUGAAGCCUGAAGUUUCAGCUCAUUACGGACUUUUCCUUUCUGGAAAAUCUUUAAAAGGGACUCUAUUUGGUGGUUGGAAGCCUAAAUCUGAUCUUCCUUCACUCAUUGAAAAGUACAUGAACAAGGAGAUUAUGAUCGAUGAAUUGGUUACGCAUAACCUGGUGUUUGAUGAAAUCAACAAAGCUUUUGAUCUCAUGAGAGAUGGAAAGUGUCUGCGUUGUGUUCUUCACAUGCCAAAGUAAUGUCUCCGAAAAAAGAUUAACAAGAGAUGUGUACAUUCUACAGCUGAGAUCGAUUUCAUUAUCUGAUUGUUGUAUAAAACAAAAGUGAUGGUUUUCUUCUAUAGAGCUAUGAGACUCUUUUUUUGUCAUCAAAAGUGGAUUGCGACAUGAUGAUACAAACGAGUGUCUAGAAGACUAGAACCAAGGACAUCGAUCUUAAAUUGAUAGCAGUGUUUCAAGUA